AUGGGGGAUGAUUUAUAUGUUAAUCAAGAAUUUGAAAGUAAGGAAUCAGUACAGAAGGCAAUCAAAUGUUAUUGUAUGAAGAAUUACCGCACUGCUGCGUUGGAGGAAAGCAAAAAAAGUAAGCUUCUCAUGAAAUGUGUUAAUUAUGUUGAAGGAUGUCCUUGGAGGGUGCGAGCAAUGUUACCGAGAUGGCGAGAUCGAUGGAUUGUUACUAGAUGGGGAGGCAAACACACUUGUGUUAACCCUUAUCUUUCGCAGGAUCACAGACAACUCGAUUCUGACUUCAUUUGUUCAUGUAUUCUAGGCAUGGUUCAGGUGGAUCCGUCAACUAGCAUUGCACUUAUUCAGGAGAGAAUUUCUGGUCUUAAUGGUUACAAAGUGUCCUAUCGAAAAGCCUGGACGGCCAAACAAAAAGCCAUAGUUAAGUUGUUUGGUGAUUGGGAAGAUUCAUAUGCUUAUCUGGAAAGAUGGUUAAAGUACAUGUUAUCGUUUGCUCGAGGUUCAUUUUACAGGAUUGAUCGACUUCCAUACAUUAUCGGUGGUGAGCUAGACGACUCUCGUGAUAUGUUUCAUCGUGUUUUUUGGACAUUCAAACAAUGCACUGAUGCCUUCAAAUCUUGUAAACCUGUGAUACAAAUUGAUGGCACUCAUCUGUAUGGAAAAUAUAAGGGGACGAUGUUGAUUGCAACCACACAAGAUGGUAAUAGUCAGGUGCUUCCGCUUGCUUUUGCUAUUGUAGAGUCUGAGACACUUAGUGAUUGGUCGUGGUUUCUUCGAAAGCUACAUCGUCAUGUGACUGAUAUGCAAGGUAUAUGUCUUAUAUCAGACCGUCACAUAAGCAUAAAACAAGCAGUAGCGAACAAUCCUGAUCUUUGGGGGCCUCCACGUGUCUAUCACGUGUACUGUAUCAGACACAUUGCUAGCAAUUUCAAUCACAAAUUUCAUAAUGUUCAAUUGAAGAAGGACUUACUGAAUUUAGGUAUGUUUACAAGAAUUAUUCCAUAA